AUGGAGCAUUCACCUGUUGACAAUGACAAUAGCCAAGGAAAUGCGACAACACUGCCGCAACAACCAACUCCAAAGCAACGGAAGACUAGGAAGUUCACCCUUUCCAAAUACACUAUCUAUGAAACCGAGGAUAGAAUGUAUGUAGUGGGCAGCAACAAGCGGGAAACAAUGUUCAGAAUUUUAGAGAUCGACCUUACAGUUCCUACAAAUGAUCUGUCUGUGCUUGAGGAUAAUGUGUUUUUCACCAGAUCGGAGAUCAUGAACGUUUUGGCUGCACUUGAAGAUGCUAAUAGUGAUGGUCUCAAUAAGAAACUUACCGGGUAUGGUCUGCUGGGGUUUAUACGAUUCACAGACUGCUACUAUUUGAUCGUCAUUACCAAGACGAGCCCCGUUGCGGUACUCGGUGGCCAUUCCAUAUACCACAUUGAUGAGACAAAACUGGUGCCGCUUUCAAACUCUUAUAAAAAGCCCGACAAGUACUCGAUAGAAGAGCGAUUCAUUAGUACUUUCCUAGAUCUCGAUCUCAGCAAAACCUUCUAUUUCAGCUACACCUACGAUAUUACCAAUACGCUUCAAACAAACCUUCUUCGAGAAAAACUGAAGGCUGUGGGUCGUUCGGACCUUCAAAUUCCAACUGGGAUCCCAGACUACAACGAAAUGUAUAUGUGGAACAGUAAUUUGCUCAAGCCAGUAUUUCCAUGUAUCGACACCGUUUACGAUUGGUUCCAAGCGAUGGUUCACGGGUUUAUCGACCAGGUCAACGUUCUAAUUUGGGGCAAAAGUGUUUUCGUGACUCUAAUUGCCCGACGUUCGCAUCAUUUCGCUGGGGCGAGAUUCCUUAAAAGAGGUAUCAAUAAACAGGGAUAUGUGGCUAAUGAAGUUGAGACUGAACAAAUCGUCUCAGAUAUGAUUCUAACGCCUUUUCACCGACCUGGUAAUGGCUACUUCGACAGCGAUCGGUAUACUGCAUUCGUUCAGCAUCGGGGGUCAAUUCCAUUGUGCUGGUCACAGGAAGCCUCCAAUCUGACAGCCAAACCACCAAUAGAGAUAAAUGUCAUGGACCCUUUCUUCAGCUCUGCAGCCUUACAUUUUGACCGUUUGUUUCAAAGCUAUGGCGGAGGACCCCUCCAGAUUCUGAACCUGAUCAAAACCAAAGAAAAAACGCCUCGUGAGGUCAAGUUAUUGAAGGAGUUUGAGCAGUGCAUCAAUUAUUUGAAUAAAUUUCUCCCUGAGGACAAGAAACUUCAGUACACGUCUUGGGAUAUGAGUCGGGCUUCAAAAUCUCACGGUCAGGUAGUAAUCGAGUUUCUCGAAAAGUACGCGGUCAAUACAGUGGAGACGACCGGAAUUUUUCACAACGGUCGCGACUUCAGCACCACGCAGAUUCAAGAGGGUAUUUGUAGAACAAACUGCAUUGAUUGUCUAGAUCGCACAAACGCUGCACAGUUCGUUAUAGGGAAGCGCGCUCUUGGAGUCCAGCUAAACAAACUAGGUAUUAGUGACAACUCCUUUCUGGAAUAUGACUCUGAUAUUGUUCACAUUUUGACUGAGCUCUUCCAUGACCAUGGUGACACGAUAGCUCUACAAUAUGGAGGAUCUCAUCUCGUGAAUACCAUGGAGACUUAUAGAAAGAUCAACCAGUGGAGCUCCCAUUCAAGAGAUAUGAUCGAAAGCAUCAAGAGAUUUUACAGCAAUUCUUUUGUGGAUGCCCAAAGACAAGAUGCAAUCAAUCUUUUUCUGGGCCAUUACGUUUGGCAAAAGGGCACCCCUACUCUAUGGGAAAUGAAUACAGACUUCUACUUGCACAUGGGACCUGAUAUUGUGAAUAGUCCGAGAAGCUACACCAAGUGGUGGAACGUUUACCACGUCAAAAGUCUACGAAAAAUAAUAAGGGAAGAGAUUCUGGAUAAAAACAAUGAUGUUACAACCGAAAAAGCCUACAACAAUGUGAAGGGCUAUCCAGGUGCUUUUGAUAAUUACUGGAAUGAAUACUAUGCACCGCGUCUUCUUUCUUCAUUGCAAGAUUUAUUUGCUUAUAAAAUGAAUUCUACAAGACGUUACAGCACCAACGAAAAGAGUGGAAAUCGUGUGUCUCCCUUCCAUUCCAGAAAACAAAGUCACUUGAACAACAAGCUCAAGGAUUUGGUGACCCAGGAGCCAGAAAAGUCGGACGUUUCAAAGACGGUAAAAAACGAAUUGACGUUCAAGGACGAGAAUGAUCUUUAUCAUGUAUUUUUGAAACGGCAGGCAAUUAAGCUGGGGGCUCUUAAAUCUCAAUUGAAUAGUUUUGACUUUCACCAUGACGAAAGCGGCGAUAGCAGCUCUGACAAAGACUAUGUCUUGGAGUCGGGAACCGUCUUUUCCUCCGACAACAUGCCCUCUCUCUAUUCCCAAGACACUGCCAAUUCCUUAAACCUUGAGAAAGAAGAAUAUCAGAAGUAUCAAAAUAUGACAGAUUACUCCGCUGUCGGAGACUACGGCUCUCUCGAGCUGCAAAGCAUCCAAGUUCCAAUGGCUGAUCUCAAAAUUUACGAGUCUCAUUAUAAUAAAGUCUGA